AUGAACAACAAAAACAUUCUACAAAGGGAACUACCCAAGACUCAAGAUGAUGAGAUCAAGAAAGGGAACUACAAUGGCUUGAAUAACCAAGAUGGGCAUAUGGCUUCCUUGUCAGCAACAACAUUGCUUCAAAAGGCGGCUCAAAUGGGAUCAUCAUCUGACUCAAACAUUAGCACCAUGUUUGAGCUAAUGACUUCCUCCAUCUCUAACAAUACAAUGCUAAACUCCAAUCGUUUCAAGCCGAAGAAUAACGAACAAGAGUUGACCAAAGACUUUCUUGGUGUGGAAUACUUUUAA